CAAAUAUUGUAGUACAUUCCUUAUGUCGCCUCUGAGCACAUAGGCCAUCCGCGAUGGCGGCAAACUGUGCAUUGCGCCACAGAGUGAACCCGUAUAUAGUACUCUUAGUUACCGUGACUCUCAUACUCAUAGUAUGUUCCUUCAUAUUCAAGGAUAGCUUGCUAAAACACCUGGGAGAAUUCGCAGAGAUCAUCCGCGACGCCGGUACACUGGGUAUCCUCAUCUGUUGGUUUCUUGUCGUUAUCACGAGUGUACCACCGAUGCCUGGUUACUCCGCCUCAAUCAUCACGUGUGGUUACCUCUAUGGAUAUAAAGGCUUCUUUCUAGCGUACUUUGGCGCCCUGGCUGGGGCCACAUUUGCUUUUACGGGUGGGAGAUGGUUAUUCAAGGAGCAGGUCGAGCGUAAACUGAUGGAUCAGCCGAGGAUGUCGGCACUGGCCGCGACGAUCGCAGUCGCCGAUUUCAAGAUGCUCGUCUUGAUACGCAUUGCUCCCUAUCCGUACACUAUUCUGAAUGUAUUAUUCUCAGUUACGGACAUUCCACUGACUCAGUUCGUGGCUGCCACUGCCAUCUCCCUCGUUAAAGUCAUCAUCCAUGUAUCCGUCGGAGUAUCUCUUUCAAGUCUGGAUAAUGACACAAGGGAAACCAGUACUGGGGAGUACUUGCUGUUGAUAUUCGGUGGUAUUUUGACCGUCUACUUGACUUUUUAUGCGUACAAGGUGUCGCAAGCGGCUGUCGAUCGACACACACAUCAGGCGUUACCUCUGAACUCCCUCGAGACAGUGGUGGAAGAAGAAGCGGAGGAAGUCCAAUUCAUUCCAAGUCGACGGCUUUCAAUUUUAAGCUGAUCAUGUACAAGUGUCGACAGAACGAACUUGUUUUGAAAAUUGCAGUGUCCUCCCCGCCAUCUGUUCUGCAACCGAUGCGUCCUGGGACUAUCGGGACGAAAUAAGGUUGUUGCUAGUGCUGCCUCAGGAAGGAUCUCCCCUAGAAUUGUACCUAGAUAUCAUAUGAAUUGGUCUUUUUUUUUUUUGGAAUGGGAUGUGGAAACUACCGUUUACAAUAUCGCUGUGAUCGUACAUGAUUUUUUUAUAUAAGCUGAGCAUCGAGAUCCGGAGGGCCACCUUCUCGUGGAGUAUAUAUGUACAUUACGAUGUGUAAUUGUGGUAUAUAUGUACAUCACGAACUGUAAUUCUGCCUUUGUCGGUUUGAAUUUGGAAUGAAUCUCGUGUGUGAUUGCCACAUUCACCCCGAUGUGUUCAUGGUGCAGACUUCCAAUAAAUGUCAAGAAUCAAUUCUUAUUUCCGUCAGCUGCUAUCAAUAUGAUGUCCCCUACAACGACGAAAAGAGACAAUCUUCUUUAUUU